CGGACAUUCUUUAAGUUACUCACUCGAUCGAAGCAAAAAAAAACGAGAGAAAAAAUUAAUUUAAUUUAUUUUUUUUUUAAAUAUAUAUUUUCUGUAUGAAUAUUACGGGCUGUUAUUAGUGUCUGUCUAUUAAGAAAAAAAUUGAAAAAAAAAUACAACAACAAAAAUCUAUAUCUAAAUAGAAUUCAACUUAACAACAAGUGUAGAUCAGAUGUUUAUAAAUAUGCGAAUCAAAAAAAUUACGUGUUUAAAGUUGUAGUUUUCUCGAGCUAUUUUUAAAGAAAAAAAAGCAAAUAUUUGAAAAAAAAAUCCGUCCGCCAAUAAUUAUAAUUAAUCAUCAUUAACAACCCAAAAAUUUGGGCAAAAAAGAAAUUUUGCUGUUAUCGAGUUAUUAUUGUUGCCAUUGCAAGCACGUGAUAUUUUCCGGUCCUCCCAAACACCAAAGACGACGACAUUAAUAUGCCUGUAAUUUCGACGCGUUACUCUACGACGACGACAACUGGAAAUUCAUACAUUAGCCCGUCUGUAGGGAGCUACAGAAGUACUUUAAGUGCCACAAAUCGCUCAUCGGCAGACCGUUCUGCGUCCAUUGAACGUCCCAACUACACAAGUGCCACAGAAUCGUAUUUGAAUCGUGCGCGCGCGAGUUCCUCGAGCUCCUUCCGACUUUCGACCGCGUCGAGUUACCGCUUAACCAACGGAACAUCCUCCUCCAGUGAUUAUUCGUCCUCGAGAUAUGGCGAACAAUCACUAACAAGACACUCUGCUGCUGCGACUUCGGCGCGAAACCCGAGUCAAACUAAUCAAAUUCCAAAAAGUACUGACCAAAAAUCCAAACAGAAGGCGGGGAAUGCAGGAACGCCGCAUCAGCAUCAGCAUCGACAUCCACGCAGUUCCAGUUGCAGCGCCUUUCGAAGACAACAACAACAACAAUUGCAGGAGAACAAUAAUUCGAUAAUGCCGUCAUUUACUCAUUCGGCACCUGUUCAAGGAUCUCGAAACGAACCAGAAAGCAAACUAAAAUUCACAAAUCUCUCGGCAUCGAGCACGGCAGGCACGAAAAAAGUAACAACGUCCAUUUUUAAUGGAAAUCCAAACAAACGAGCAUCAUUCCUUCCAGCAAGCAGCAACAGUAGCAACAACGGCGUGAACUCGUCCCUGAAUUACCGCGACGAGAAUUUCCUGAAGAAAGAAUACGAACAAGCGCGAAAUCAAGUGACAACGACCAAGAAUCUCAAGAACAAUAACGACCAAGAUACCAACAACAACAUGAGUGUGUUGUCGCUAACGAAUGGCAGCACCGCUCGCAAAACUCUCGACGAGGAAAAGCAAGAACUGAACGAAGUACGGAACAAAAUUUUGAGUCGCGUGGCACGAAAUAACGCGAACAACGCGAUGCUAAAUGGGGAAUUUAACGGAUCUGACAACGGAUCGGACGACAUAAAGUUCAUCGAUAGUGACAGUGAUAAUUUAAGUGAGAAACGAAUGUCGCCGCUCAGUAAUGGCGGAAGUUUGAAUAAUAUUUCUGCGACGCCGAAUCACAUUACGAAGAUGCUCGCUGCGUCAACGCCGAUAAAUAGCGGCACGAAACUAACCAAUAACGGUGUGACACUAAACAAGACAAACACUUAUCCGCCCAAACCCACUAAAACGUCAUUCACACAUCAUUCCUCCCCCGCCGCGAACAACGCGCCCUCCCCAUCAUCAUCAUCCGCGACGACGAGUGUUGUCGCCAUCUCGCCAAGUAACAAGAAACUAAUUUUAAAUGCUUCACCUAAAAACUCGUGUGUGUAUGAGAAACAGCAGCAAAACAAACAAAAUUUACUCCAAAAACUUUCAAUAAAUAACAGUGAGGCAGUCCCUUGUCACAACAACAGCAGCUCGUCAGCGGACCUCCUCAACGGAAAAUCGCAUUUUUCCAAUAAAAUGGCAGCCGAUACGAAGGCAUCUGUGCAAAUUGGCAGCAAUCGACUGCGGAUCAUAACCACAGAUACGGACGACGACGAGGACUUUACGAAUGUCACGACGACAGCGACGAUUAUCUUGCCAUCCAAAGCAGCCGCCGCCGUCAAGCAAAACGGAACAUUGACGACGAAGAGCGCGGGCGGUGACACUAUUGUUGCAAAUAACCACGAAAAUGCGAAAGACAAUAGUAGCGAUGCACCAUCAAACCAAUUAGAAAAGAAAAACCUUGCGAAUCAUAAACAAUUACAAAGCGAUACUAAUGAUUCUAGUGUUCGUAGUGCUUCCUCACUAAGAAGUGCACUUCCUCCAUCAUCUGCAAGUCGAUCGACAUGGGACAAAGACACCUACAGAUCAACCUAUUCUAGUCGCAAUUAUGAUAACAAUGAUUCGUCGACGUCAUCGUCGUCGUACAUUCUACCAAGGUCCUCACUUUCGACGAGAUCUGGAUCGCCCGGGAAGGAUUAUGAGUCGAGGAAGGCAGAAAAGGAAAAUCAAGAAGGUCUCUGUGGACUUUGGAACAUCGGCAACACCUGUUUCAUGAACUCGGUUUUGCAGUGUUUGAGUCACACGAAGGAAUUGACGCGUGGAAUUCGGGCUUUGGUUCCCGUGCGAGCAGCUGGAAAGGAUCAACGCAUUUUCACAGAAUUUCAAAAGCUGAUAAAGGAGUUAUGGACCCCCGGGAAUCGCAGUGUCAAUCCAUCCGAGUUCAAAAUGGCAUUUUCGAGCAAGCAUCGCAUGUAUUCGGGAUCGGCGCAACAAGAUUCGCAAGAAUUUUUGAGAUUUUUCCUCGAUUCGGUGCAUGGGGCUUUGAAUACCGCAACGAAAGCUGACCCAAUUACGCUUGAAGAUAGCAUGAGUGACGCACGAAAAGCUGAGUUAAUGUGGAACUGGUAUUCAAAAACCGAAAAUUCAGUCAUCAAGGAUCUCUUUGUGGGACAAUUGAAGUCGACUCUCAAGUGUACAGAAUGCGGCAACACGAGUACCACGUUCGACCCCUUUUGGGAUUUGAGUGUUUCCUUGCCAUCGAAUACGCGUUGCAAGCUCUCCGAUUGCCUCGACUCGUUCAUCAAAGAGGAAAUUCUCGAUGGCGACGAGAUGCCAACUUGCUCAAAAUGCAAAACACGCCGAAAAAGCACGAAGAGCUUCACGAUCCAGCGUUUCCCCAAGAUUCUCGUGAUCCAUUUGAAGCGUUUCUCCGAGACCCGCUGGAGCAAACUCACGACUCUCGUCGAAUUUCCGACGUCAGAAGGCGGACUUAACCUCGAACCAUAUGCCUCAUCCUCGAAUUCCGACUCAAGCAAUGGACUUUACUCGCUGUACGCAACGUCAAAUCACAUGGGAUCGACUGCCGGCGGACAUUAUGUCGCCUUCUGCAAACAUCCAGUCAGCAAAAAGUGGCACGAGUUCAAUGAUAAUAGUGUAACCGAUGCACCUGAAAGCAGCCUGGUCUCAUCUAGUGCCUACCUUCUAUUUUAUGAAAGAAUGUAAGAGAAAAACAAAAACAUUAUUAUUAUGAUAUAUGAAACAUUUAGCGAAUAAAAAACCAAAAUUAUAAAUUUUUCGUGAACUUGAAUGAUGAAUACGAAUAAUAAACAUUAAAAUAUAUAUAAUGAAAAAUAUAUAUAAUAAAAUUUAGAUAUUAAUAGAUUUUAAUUACAUAAAAAAAAUAUUAAAAAUAAUUAAUUAUAAAAAAUAAUUAUAAAUAAAUAGGAUAGAAAA